AUGGCGCCUGCUGACACCUUUCUUGGCAACAUCCAAGUGUUUUUAGAAGUGGGUGAAGUCAGGUGGGACAUUGGAGAUCUGUAUGGCUUCAUAAAUACCUGCCUGAAGUCUUUGGUCGUUGAAAAAUAUGGUGAAGAAAUAUGGGAAAAAUUAAGAGUCCAAACUGGAGUAGAUGAUACAUUUUUGACAUUUGAAGUUUACAGCGAUGAGAUCACAAUGCAGCUAAUUGACAAGGCAUGCAAAAUGUUGGAUGUUCCUCCAGAUAUGGUUCUGAAGCAGUUUGGAGAAUACUUCUUUGAAUUCUGCAAGCGAUCAGGUUAUGAUCAUAUGUUGCGAACACUGGGAGGAAAUCUCUAUGAAUUCAUUGAAAACUUGGAUGCCCUGCACAGCUAUCUGAGUCUUUCUUACCAGGAAAUGAAUGCUCCUUCAUUUAGGGUAGAAAAGAAUGAAGAUGGGUCAAUGCAUUUGCAUUAUUACUCAGACAGACGAGGCCUCUGCCAUAUUGUUCCAGGAAUAAUUGGUGCAGCUGCCUUGGAUUUUUUCAACAUUGAAAUUUCCAUGGAAAUAGUAAAUCAGACAGAAGAAGAAGAAAGAACAGGGAAAAAAGAACACAUUGUAUUCCUUGUAACACAAAAGCCUAUAUUUUCAUACAAGAGGAGAAAUAAAUUUGCUUCCUCUUCACAAUACCUUUCAAGGUUUGGAAAGCAGACAGAAAACCAGCUGAAUAAAGAGGAUCUUGAAAGAACCAUGAAUAAGGUCAGAGACAAAACCAGUCUAGUUUCUACUUGUCCCAUCAAGAAAAGUCACUGGGAAACAAUCAGAGGAAUUGUGACAAUAGGGAAAGGAAGACUUCUGAGAGGAUUUGAUCCUGUCUAUCCUAAGACUCUGUGGAUAGACCCCAAGACAUUCUGCAAUGGGCUUCCUUUCCAUAUUGUUUUUGAUGAAGAGCUCAGAGUAAAGCAAGCUGGAAUCAGCAUCCAAAAGAUUGUACCUGGCCUUCAAAUACUGGGCAUCCACCUCGAUCAGUACUUCAACAUCAUCCGUCCAGAAGUAAAAUUCACCAUCUCCAGUGUUCAGAAAUUUAUCAACAGCCAGUUUGUUUUCCAGACCAAGAGAGAGAUGAUGCCACAGUCCUGGAAGCAACGUCCCAUGUUAGAGCUGAGAGGACAGAUGAUCUGGAUGGAGACUGUUCAGUGCAUGCUCUACCUUUGCUCCCCUCUCCUGCGCACGCUGCAUGAGUUGGAGGAGAGGCAAAUGCACAUUGCAGACAUAGCACCCCACGAUGUCACCAGGGACUUGAUACUUCUCAAUCAGCAGCGGCUAGCGGAGAUGGAGCUGUCCAAUCAGCUUGAAAGGAAGAAGGAAGAGCUGCGGAUCCUGUCCAAACAUUUGGAGGAAGAGAAGAAAAAAACGGAGGCCCUGCUGUAUGCCAUGCUCCCUAAGCAUGUGGCCAACCAGCUCAAAGAAGGGAAACGAGUUGAGGCAGGGGAGUUUAAGGAGUGCACCAUAUUAUUCAGUGAUGUCGUAACCUUCACCAACAUUUGUGCCCACUGCGAACCUAUUCAGAUAGUCCUCAUGUUAAACGCCAUGUACCUCCGAUUCGACAGGCUCACAACAGUGCAUGACGUCUAUAAGGUUGAAACCAUUGGGGAUGCCUAUAUGGUGGUCGGAGGUGUUCCUGUACCUGUAUCAACGCAUGCUGAACGGGUUGCCAACUUUGCCCUGGGAAUGAUCAUUGCAGCAAAAGACAUAAAGAAUCCAGUUUCUGGAAAUCCCAUUCAAAUUAGAGUUGGAAUUCACACAGGACCUGUCCUUGCUGGGGUUGUUGGUGAAAAAAUGCCACGUUACUGUUUAUUUGGAGACAGUGUGAAUAUCGCAUCCCGGAUGGAGAGCCAUGGGGUCCCAAGCAAAAUUCAUCUGAGUGCCAGUGUACAUCAAUGCCUGAAGGAGAAGAAUUUUGAGAUGUUGGAAAGAGGAGAAAUUGAUGUGAAGGGCAAGGGGAAAAUGCACACUUACUUCCUGAUUCGAAACAUAGCUGCAGCUGAGAAUGAGAUCAUGGGAAGGCCAGCUAGGGUACCUGAUCCAAGCUGUGAUGCUGCUCAGUCUUGUCAGGAGUGCAGAGAUGAGCCAUCCCCAAACCCGUGCUCGCAAGAUGUUCAGCAAAAUCCUGAUGAGGAAACGCUUCCUAUCAUUGCAAUGAAGUACGCUGACAGUCCGAUAGAAGCACACACCAGCCUCAAAGGAAGAAGUCAGACAAGACGGAAGGAUUUGGCAGGCAAACUUCAUGAUUCAGAGACCUAUGAAAGUCUUCAUGGUGACCAGCAGGCAAGAAAAGACCCUUAUCAUCUUAUGCAAGUAAGAAAUAAACCAGCAGCAGAGGAACCCCAGAUCAGGCAUGUCAGAUCCAACUUCUGCAACUUACUUUAA